UACUUUUCUUGUACUUUCGCUCAGUUUGGCAUUUUGUCGUUUCCAAAUAAUUUUCUUAGUAACAGUCGCCUUAUUAAAUUCUGCUUAACUUUAUUCUGUAUAUCAGUAUAUCAUAUAAGGAUAAGUUUAUUUAUUUUCCAUAUUUAUUGUGGUGAAUACAAAAUGCAACCGACAACCAUGCAUCCCAAACUCUCCGAUACUACCCAAAAUAUUAAAAAAAAUAUUUACAGUGCAUUUGCAGAAGAAGAUGAUAUGUGCAAUGCUGUAGUCUUUGCAACUGAUGUGGUAGUUACUACUAACAUUGGUAACCAUAAUCAUGGUAGCUCUAAGGUAAAACUCACAAAUAUUGUGGAUUAUAACUGGGAAGCAAAAUUUUAUCCAGGCCGCCUAAUUGAUGUGCAUAACAGUGGAAAAUAUUUAGCUUAUUGCAUUAAACCUCCAGUAUCUGUGGAUGGAAUGGUCAGAGUUGUAUACAUGGAACCUGAUGUAAAUGAAAGAUGUCUUAUCAAGGGUAUGAAAGGAGAGGUCCAAGAUUUGGCUUUUGCAUUCAUUCAGAAUCAAGUUCUCCUCGCUUGUAUUGAUGAAUAUGGGAAUAUUUAUGUCCAUGAGUUUAUCUAUGGAGAUGGGAGACUCAGAUCAACACUAAUUGCGGAGAUUCAAGAGGACACUGGCCUGGGGGGUUCUGCUCACUUAGUAGCUUGGUGCCCUUACAUCCCUGAUGAAGAUGACGACUCCAGUGAUGAUGAUGUAGCCAAGAUGCUACUCAGCACACAUUCUAAUGUUGCUCGAAUUUGGAAUAUACGCGAAGUGAGUGCAAUAACUGGUGGCGUUGUCAAAGGUAGAGAAGCGUUAAAUCGAGGCUUGGGACAGAUAGCAAGUACACACGCAGCAGCUCUACGUGCUGCUGCUUUCUCCCCUGAUGGUACAGCAUUAGCAACUGCAGGGGCAGAUGGAUAUGUUAUGUUUGCACAGGUAUGCAUAGAUGGAUCAGAUGUACCCCGUUGUCUUCAUAAAUGGCAGCCACAUGAAGGCAAACCUCUCACCUGUCUCUUCUUUCUGGACAACCGUAAAAAUUAUAAUACUGAUGUCCAAUUCUGGAAAUUCGCGAUAACAGGCGCGGAUAAUAACACGAACAUAAAGAUAUGGACCUGCAAGACCUGGAUGUGCCUUCAGACGAUUACAUUCACUCCUCCCUUGGGCACAGAUCUGCCGUUGAGUUUGAAGGCCCAAUUAGAUGCCAGUGCGAGCUAUUUGCUUCUAAGUGACUUUAAAACUAGAAGUCUUUAUGUGCUUAAUAUGAAGAGGGACGAUGAAGACCGAAUGGCAUAUUGCAAGAGUGUCUCUGAGUUUUUGCUACCGUAUCAGGUGCUCGGGUUCUGUAUUGUAGAUGCUGAGGAGCAAUUGGUGAAGUGUGAGUCGCGUUGUGACGAUCCCUUUCACAGAAAUGGAUCCGCACUUGACAAUUCCCCUGCUGAUUUUGAUUUACAUGACAACGAGGUGUGCACAGAAAAUGAAGCAGGUUCAAAGCGGACUAAAGUACGACUUUAUUUGAUGCAGCCCAAAGGUUUACAGGAGGCAAAUCUUAUAUACACACAACAACCCACUGAAAAACAAUCAGAUGAUUUGGAAAGUUUAACGCUUGAAGAGCCAGUGGAAGAAGACGAAAUUCCUUCAAAUAUCCUACAGCAACAAACACAACAACUCAAGAACCUACUUCUUAGGUCACAGAAUCAAACAAACAUUCUUAUAAAUCCUCGAGUCGAGUCACCUACUGAUAUGCCGCAGCUGAAUCUUAUGACGCCGGACGCUUUUAGCUCUCCUGGUAAACGUGAUGAAGAAGAGACUUCAGUGACCGUUCAAGACAUUCCGCGACUAUCAAAUGCCGGUUGCGAAGAAGAUGAAGUGGUCAGCUUCAGUUCGGCCAAGCAGGUCUCCGGUGGGUCCUCACCAAGUCGAGAGGUUCAACAAAUUAUGUCUCAUAACGACUUUUAUAAGGAUGAUGAAGAAGAAUCUCAGUCCCCAGCAGUAGAAGAGUUGACCACAAACGGAACAGACACAAUUUAUCCAACUGAGUUGUAUGUUUCACCUGAGAAACCGCAAGCAGCCGCCAAAUUAACCCAUAGCAACAGCGAAACGUCCUGGCCGCAAAUUUCGUUAGCUCAAAUCACGGAAGCAAACCAGCGUAAAGCGUCUAGCGAUAAAUCAAGCAGUCAAUCGCUUUCCGCUCCGCUAUCAGCACCGCUAACCGCUCCACCGCAACCUACAGUUGUAACAGUCGUAGAUGAAACCACUAAGAAUAAACUGGAGUCUUUAGAAUCUAAACUCGAUAAGCUAACAGAUCUAGUAACCCAACAAGCGCGUGAAUUACGUGCAUUGCGCAAUGAAAGUCGACCUGCGCGUGAGUUCGUAGAACAGGCGUUACUCGAACACACGCAGAGGACCACAGCUGCCAUAGAUACAGCUCUUUCUAGCGGUUGGGAGCGCAUAUCUCGUAUGGGUGAGUCCGCUAGCGUAACAGCGGCACAAGCAGCGGGAGCUGGAGCGGCAAGAGCGUUGGAACCACUCGCAGCGGCUUUACAACACGAGUUGGCUGUCAAACUCACAGCCACGGACAAGCUUCUUUCUGAGAAUAUUAAUAAGCUGGUUAACAGUAAGACCGUAAUGGAACGUCUCAGCGGGUCUAUAGCGUCCUCAUUAUCGGAAAUGGUGCGUACGUCGUUCCGCGAUGCGUUGCUAGAAAGCGCUGUUCCCAUGAUGGAGAAAGCGCACGCGCAGAUAUUCCGACAGAUUAACCACGCUUUUCAAAAUGGGACUAAGGAAUUUACAGCGAACACAGAGCAGGCAGCUCGUUUAGCAGCAGAAAGGGGUGGGGCAGCUGCCGCCAAUGCCUUGCGAUCAGCUCUCGAACAACACACGGAAGCUCUUGCUAGGGCCACACCAGUGCAGCCUCAAUUGUUUGCUGCGCAGUUAAAGGAAGUCGCACAUAAUGUACUCGAGAAAGAAAUGUCUUGGUGGCGUGAGCAAGCAAGAAACGUGGCAGUUCAAAUGUCACGUGCACAAACACCUGCCACACCCUCCGUGUCUGAAAGACAGUUGCAAGUUAGCCAAAUUCAGCAAUUGUUAUUAAAUGGCGAUGCAAAUGGGGCCUUUCAAAUGGCUUUACAAGCAGCAGAUCUAAACUUGGUAGUGGGAACUUGUAAGAGCACGGAUCCGUCAAAUAUUUUUGGACCACCGUGCAAAUUGAAACAGCCCGUCCUCCUUUCUUUAGUACAACAGCUAGCUGCUGAUAUGGGAAGAGACACGCAAAUCAAACUUAGGUAUAUAGAAGAAGCCUUAAUGAAUCUAGACACAAACAGCCCGGCGACAAUAGAAAACUUACCAAAAGUGAUACCAGGGCUACAGAAAAACAUAGCAAAUUUCCUCAAUGCUAAUCCUAUCCAUGCAUUGACUCGACAGUUCAAAGUUCUUUUGAUGGCUGCCGAAUCACUGAAUAAGUUUUGUGCCUGACCGUGCUGUCACUGUAUUUGUGUCAGGCGUUGACUAAAAUGGACAUUAAAUCAACGCUUCCGGGUCUAGAUCACGUCAGAACCAUAUUAGCCAAGAGCCUGUUUUUUUCUGACGGUUGUACACACUCGAUCUCUAAAGAUGUCCACAGGUAAUGCCUAUAUAGCGUGCUCUCACUGAGACCCUGAGAUGUCGAGACUCUAAGAGUAAGAUUAAGAGCCCAGACCUGAGUCUUAUCUUAUAUGAAGAGCUUGACGAGUGUGACAUACAUUAUUUCAGUAAUUGAGCAGUUUCUUGCCUAAUGUUUUUGAUCUAUAUUUAACUUUCGAAGUUAUGUUAUAAAAAUUGGUUGACAUCUUAACAUUAACAUUUUAAAUAAUAUAUUAUACUAAAAUUUUCAAGUGAAAGUUUCAUUAUAGAUCAAAAACUAUGGUUGAAUUUUCCCGAAAGCAGUGUUGAUUUUAUAGUGCAAAAUAAUGGAAAUAUGGCGUCGGUGAAAUAUGAGUGAAAAGUGAUUGGAUGCAAGACAAUGAUGAUUUCGUAUAUAUAAAUAAAACAAUUGUGUAUUAGUCUGUUAUAAUUUAGUUUUUAUAUCUUAAAAUAUGUGCUAUGUAUAAUACAAGAAUUUGUUUCAAGCGUAGUGUUGAAUUAAAACAUCUUACUACCUAUUAAAAGAAGUCACUUAAGUGCCUACUUCAUGGCGGAGGAAGGUAUGAUAUUAUUAAUUUACUUGAAAAUGUAAAUUAUUUGAAUUUUUAGUCAAUUAUGUAAUUAUUAUUUAAUGUGCUACUAUCAUUCAUACAUAGAUACUCAGCUAUAUGGUUUAGAUUCCAAGCUUUUAAAAAAAAGCUGCUUCUGUGAAUCUAGUUCCUGGUUUUUUCCUUGUAAUUUGAUUUGUAAUAGUUAAAAACAAAAUUCAUGUUUUUUAUUUAAAAUUUUAUAUGUAUAUAUUAAGAAAUGAGCAAAAAAGAUAAUUUUGAUUUUUUUUUAAUAGUAGGUACUAUAUAAUAAGACUGGCCAUUAUGUAUGUAUAAGUAGUAUUUGUUGGGACUAUUAACAUAAAAAUAUCAU